UGUUGUUCUGUUGUGACUGUUGUAUUUUGUUUGAAAAAACGUCGUCUUGACGACAGGUAUACUAACUUUUAUGAAUUACAGUGUCGAUAUUAAUAUGAAUUUAUUAAAUUAUGGAUGAGAGUCAAAAAGAUUUGUCGCAGUCGUCAGAAAUCAAGAAUGUCCUUCCGGAUGUCGUUCAUUCACAGCAAAUCCCCACAUUAGACACUCUAGAAGACGACGAUGUAAACUUUGAAACGACGAGUGCGACGCAAGAAGACAAAAACACACAAGAUGCUGACGAUGUCAGUGGGACGGAGUCGAUAUCGGAACACAUCCCAUUUAAAGUGGAAUACUCAAUUACUGAGUCGGAACCUGGCCAGUCAGAAUCUCAUAACUUACUUCAUAUAGAAACGAAUAGUGCAAACAUAUCAAAACAUUCUUUAAACAUUCCGAUAUCAAACCAAGAGAAUGUAGCUAGCCCGAAUCAGCAAGAAAUCAGCCAACAAAGUUCUUGGAAUUUAGAUGUUAACCAAUCUGAUGUUCAUAUAAGUGAAGAAAGCCCAGUGAUACUUGCUCUCUCCUCUGAUACCUCUAAGGAUGCACAAAAAAGUAAAUCUCUAUUAUCAGAUAAACAUGACACACCUGUGGAAUCUCCAAGAAGUGAGUAUAUUGAUUCUCUAAAUGACAAUUCUAAUGACAAGGUAAGUGAAAGUAAAGAUGAUAAUAAUUCUGAAGAAAAAUGUAAUUUAUCCAUUGACAAUGAACCUCAAUCAUUAAGGCGAUGUAGCUCUGGAUCAGAAGAGAUAAUAAAGUUAGACAUAAGGGGGCAAGCUGCCCCAAGAUUCCCUUUACAAGCUGCUAAAAUAAUAUUUGGACCACCGCCUGAUGGUAGUACUGUUAUUGGCCCAAAUCUUGAGCCAUUGCCAUUAUUUCGCAAUUUAUUAUCUCCUUGUCUAGUCGUUGCGAGAGAUGGUGUUAAAGUUGAGGAAGUUUUCGAAGAUAAACCACCAUCACCCAAGAAGGAAGUUUUGGAAAUAUCCUUAACACCUUCAGCAAGCUCGGCAAGUGAUAAGAUAGAGCAGGAUGUUUUGGUUGAAGAAUUAACAGUUGAGGAUGAGAUGAAAGAACAAAUUAAAGAGGGUACGGGGAUGGUCCCACCUAAAUCUUUUGCUCCAGAUGACACAAUGUCCUUUAGUACACUGAGCACGGAUUACAAGACGAUUUGUGAAGAAUAUCACAUAAAGCUUGUGCACUUGGAAGAGGCUAUAACCCACCGCGACCAACUAAUCGAAGAACUAACGGUAUCGUUGCAGCGAUCACUUCGCGAGCGAGACGACCUCAAACACGACAAUGAGCACCUCACGAAUGAAGUACAAAACCUACAGCACAUCGCAGCCGAGCGAUCACACUCAGAUCACGACACUAUUAAAGCCCAGUUAUCUGACUUCAUGAAGUACCAGAACAUGUUGAAAGACGACAGCACGAAAUUUUACUCCGCUCUUAUGAGUGGGACGGCGUCUCUUCAAAGCUCCAACGGUGAAAAGGAUAUGGACAGGGAGGAGAUCACAGUCAACUAUUCGAAAUCCGAUUUACGAUCUUCGGGGUCUUCGGAAGAAUUCCAAAUGGGCUUCGAGAAUAAAUUGACGUCGCUGUUGAAUAAGUUCGAAGGUUAUAUAGAAGAGAAUUUGAGGAAUAAACUACGUGAGAGUUUGAUUCAAGUGCUUUGUGACGAAAUCGGUAAAAUGAGAGUUGAAUAUGAUACAGAUGUUAAAGAGGUGGAGACGCAAAUCAAACGAGACAAGCAAGCGUACACGAUAGAAACGAGAAAACUAAGGGAGCUGCUGACGUCCGUGAAAGCCGGUAACGUGGACAUUGACGAAUUGAGACAGGAACUUAAUAUUAAACACGAAAAGGAAAUGGAGAACCUUAGGACGUAUUUCGAAAAGAAGUGUUCAGAUAUGGAACGGAGCUACUCGGAGGAGGUGUGGCGCGACCGCGCGUGCGCUUCGUGUGCGUCGUGUGCGAGCUCGCCCGAGCCCGCGCCCCGCCCCGCGCCCCGCGCCGCGCCCGACCCCGCCGCCGGCGACGCGCAGACUUCAACACUCACAGACAACACAUUGAAACAGACGAACAAGAGGCUGGAACAGCAGCUAGAAGAUGUCAAAGCUGAACAUAUCACGUAUAUAAACGAACUGCAAGCGAGACAUAAGGAAACGAUCGCUUCACUCGAAGAACAGAUAACUGAAUUAAAAGCGCACAUACAGACGGCGGAAAAUACGGAGGGGAACGUUCCGCUGUACCCGCAGGACAUCGACCUUGAACUGGAGAAGGCGGCGGCGCGGCGCGACGAGCGCGUGCGGCGCGACGUGCUGCGCGACCUGCAGGAGCAGCUGCAGGUGUUGCUGUCGGACCCGGACGCGGAGCUGUCUAGUUGGCCGCUAGAGCUGGUGGCCCUGCGGGACCGCAUAUACGCAGAGAAGCCUCAGGAUAAUGAGUUGCCGAGUGUCCGCGACGAGCUGUCGCCCGGCGAGGCGGACAAACGGAGGCAGAGGCGAAACAACAGCUUUGAUCAGAAUAGACAACUGGAAGAGGUCACUAAAGAAAGGGACGGUCUGAAGCGCGUGGCCGUGACGCUGCAACGCGCCGUCACGCAACUGGUCGCGUACUGCGCCAGCGCAGAGGACGAGCUCAACAAGACUGUGCUGGCGCAUCUGCUGGGACAACUCGCUGUACAGGACCAAACAUUGGACUUAGACUCUCGCCCGUCAUCUCCGAACUUAACGGAUCUGAAUUCGAGUCUUGUCUCACGUACUAAGCACGUCCACUUCGCGCCGGAUUUGGACUCCAUUCUCGUGUCUCUGGACGAGGAGGGCGUCGUCGGUUUCCUGCAACAGCAGAGGGACCUCAGCGUGGACAUUAAGAGGGAACUGGAGCACUCGCUGAAGAGGUUGAGGGAUGAGGCACACGAGCUCCUCGAGCUGUCCGCUCGAUGCGCUACUGGCAGAGGUCGGCAAGAAUCAAACAUGCUGGAGUCGAGCUCGGUACAGAUCACGGAGCUCGUACAAGAGAUAGACAACAACACGAAAACAUGCGAAAACUGCGAGCUACAGAAAAAGGUCCUGCAGGAGGCGCUGUCGGAGGGCUGCGAGCGCGAGGCCGCGCUACGCGCCGAGCGGGACGGCGCCGCGCUGCGCCUGGCGCAGCUGCUGGCCGAGCGCGGGCCCUCCGACGUCAUCGCCGAGGGGUACGGCACGGGUGCCGGUACGCUGGCGGGCGGGUGCCGCUCGCUGGACGACGGCAGCUCGCCGCGCUCGCAGCUGGCGCGCCUGGCGCACGACCUGGACCUGGCGCUGCGCGACCGCGACGACCUGCAGCAGCAGCUGGAGGCGGCCAACCGGCAGCUGCGCGCCACGCGGCAGUUCGUGGAGGAGCAGGCGGGCGAGCGCGAGGCCGAGCGCGACGAGUUCGCGGCGCGGCUGCGCGCGCUGCGCGACGACAACCAGCGCCUCGCCGCGCGCCUGCUGGCCGGCGCGCGCGUGCUCGCCGAGGUGGAGCAGCUGGAGGCUCAAGCGCGCGACAUGAAUCAGAUGAUCACGGACCUGGAGACGCGAAAGGCGGAGGCCGACGAGAAAGUCAAAGCGACCGAAGAGAAGGUAUCCCUCCUCCGAGACAUCAUCGCCAACCUCGAGGGCCAGCUCGAGCAGAAGACGACGCGCGAGGCCGAGGUGGGCGAGCAGCUCGAGCGGAUGCGCCGCACCAUCGACGAGAGGGACCACAACGUGCGCACGCUGCUCCACGAGCUCGACUCGCUGCGCAGCGAGCGGCGCGACGGCUCGCCGCCCGCCUGCGCGCGCUGCGGCCGCGACCGCGAGCAGUACGCCGAGCUGCUCGCCGCCGUCGGCGAGCAGGCGCGCCUGCUGGAGGAGCGCCUGGCGCAGCGCGCGCGCCGCCUGGAGCGCGCGUACGAGCGGGCGGGCGCGGGGGCGGCGGGGGCGGCGGGGGACGCGGCGGGCGCGGACGGCGCGUCGGAGGACGUGUCGCUGAGCGAGCGGCGGGCGGCGGGCGCGGGCGGCGCGGACGGCGCGGGCGGGCUGCGCGGCGCGUGGGAGCGCCUGCAGGCCGUGGAGCGCGCCGAGGACGCGGCGCUCAAGCGCAUCGCCGACCUGGAGAUGCAGCGCGCCGCGCUGGCCGACGUGGCGCAGGAGGUGCGCGCGGAGCGGGACGUGCUGCAGUCGCGCAUGUCGGAGCAGGCGCUGCGCAUCUCGUCGCUGUCGGCGCGCCUGCAGCGGCAGCGCAACGACGCGGAGGCGCUGGCGCACACCGCCGCCAGCGACCUGUCCGUGCAGCUGCACGACGCGCACGCAGAGGUUCAACGAUUAAAGGAAGAAUUGGAAUCAAAGGACAAACAACUGAUGCGAUUGAAACAAAACUCUGUGGAGAGAGACAAGGGUGGCGAGAAGCAAUCGGUCUACGGAAAUUCAUGUAACCCGAAGGAUAAAGUGAUUAUACUAGAGCGGGAACUAUCAAAUGCUCAGUCCAAAAUUGCCCAGCUCGAAGGUGUUGUGGCAAGUCUGGAGAUGGACAAGGAAAAGCUGAAGUCCACAGUCAAAGAGUACGAAAGAGCACUGGCCGAAAAAGAGGAGCAGUUCAACGACAUUAUGGCGCUUAAACUUGAAGAUGAGCAGAACCAAAGGAGUGAAGUUAUAGAGGCUAAGACAUCAGCUCGCACGCUUAGCGACAUCGUCUCCAUAUCGGAGUUCGACGAGCAAGACUUACAGAUGCGGCGAGCGGAACUGAGAGCUCACAAUAUGAGUUUACAUGGAACUGAAUGCAAAGAUAAAACAAAUAUGAAUAAAACACUACCGCCCGAAGUUCAAAGACCUUAUAUGAGUUCGCUUAAUGCGGACUAUGUUGAUCAUUUUGAUGCGACAAAUUUCACACCACGCGCUGAUUCUCUCCCGAUACAUCUAACAUCGACGCAGAUUAAAGACGCCUACAAAAGAAAUGCCAAUGAGACAACCCUAUUCGGUAUGAUCGAAAAAUUGGGCGAAAAUGUGAAACACUCUACAGCCCAAAACAUACCGGACAAUUGCUCAAUGUAUCCAAACAGAGAUAUAAGUGACAGUAAAAACGUUAGCGUCGAACCGAAAAAGAUCAACUUUUCCUUAGAGACUUCUGAUAAUAAAGUUCACGAAGAUGAAUUCACAUCACUACGAGAGCUGGGCAUUACGUUGGAUCUCAAGCAAGAGAAUUUCCCUGAUAUAUUGACGCAAUUAAAACAUGAAAUUAAAAAAUCUAGACGUGAACUAGAAGCUUGCAAGUCUGAUUUAAAAAAUGCUGAAGAACAACUAUGCGAGUUUCCAGCCUUGAAGGAAGAAGUAGAGGAAUUAAAAGGUCUAUUAGAAAACACAAUGGCGACUAUGGAGAACGAUAAAAAAUUCUACGAAAACCAAUUAGAGAAUUUCUCUUCAAACAAAAAACUUCUUGAGCAAAGACUUGCGGAACUAACACAGGAAGUCGGCGAGAAAGCAAAUGAUCUGCAUUUACUUAAAGAGGACAUCUUGCGAAGAGAGAAUAUGAUUCUCGAACUCGCAAAAGAGAAAAGAAAUCUUACAAACAAAAUAACAGAUUUAGAAACAAGAAUAACCGAGCUUCAGACCACAAACGCUAACAUAGACAAAUACGAAUCUGAAAACAAGCAGUUACGGGAAAAAAUAAACGAGUUACAGAAACUGGAACAAUUAGUGUCCGAAAAGAAUCAACAGAUAGACAGUCUCAAUCAGCAUUUGGACCGAUUGGACGACUUGCAGAGACGCCUGAACGAUAAGAACGAAGAAAUGGAGAACUUAAAGGAAGCAUUGCAAGAGAAAUCCAAUGAACUAUUCCAAAUGCAAGACUCUGUCAAAAGUUUGAACAGUGACAUCGCUAAAGUGAUAGAAGAGAACGACCAACUUAGCUACGAUAAUAAGGACCUCAAAUUGAAAUUAAGCAAGCUCGAAAAAGAACAAGAGAACGCUUCGAUGAAAUUACAGAAUAGUGAGAGUGAGUUAGAAAGAGUGAACUCUUUAAACAACGACCUGACAUCAAGAAUAGAAGAACUAAAAUUACUGAAUGACAAGCUCAAAGACAAGGAAACCGAAAUAGAAAUCCUUCACGAGGAUAUCAAUUCGUAUCACAACGAAAUAGCCGCAUUGAAGGAGCAACUUAAGAUGGUGUCCCGGAGUCCCUCACCAGGGACCAAGAGCGAGGAGAAGAAAUCGCCGGACAGACAAGCGAGUAACGACAAGAAGCAGCUGGUAAAGAUUAAGAAACAGAUAACGUUACUGCAGCACGAACUAGACUUUCAUAAGAAGGAAUUAAAUGACAAGGCCUUCGAACUAGCAAAGGCGAAAUUGGACUUAACAGAGGUAAGGACGAACAUGAGUCAAGUCACGAAGCAGCUGUCGGACGAACACACGGAGAACACGGAACUGCAGCGUCGAACGCAUGCCUUGCAACAGCAGCUGGAACAGCUCACGGCGGAAAAGCAGCAACUCAGCCAGCAAUUGGAGGUGGUCAUAGCUAGAAUGCGCGAGGAAUCUAACGUAAGCGAAUUGAAAGAGAAACUGCGCGAGAAGGCGGAGCGGUGUCAGCAGCUCGAAGCGGAGCUCGGGAACAUGAGAGAUAUCUUCGAUAGGAGUCGUCGCGCGCGCUCCCCCACGGCCGAGCUGGAGCGCGCGCUGCGCGACCAGCUCGACUACUCGCGCGCGCUGGACGAGCGCCUCGUGGACCAGAUAUUAUCAGCGAGCAGCGAUGAACCGGAAGACAUACCCCGACUCGCUUUAAAUACCUCCAAUUGCUCAACGAGUUCGAUCCAGUCGUCAUCAUCGGAGCGCCUACACAGAUUGCGAAGUGAAAACGAGAAGCUGGAGAUGCAGGUCAACAACUUGCAGUGUCGCCUGCAAGACAAGGACGCGCUCAUCGCUGAACUCAACAGGGUGCGCGACAAGCUGUCGCAGGAGAGCCAGUCGGCGCAGCUGCGGCUGGAGGCCGAGCGGGACAACUCCGCGCGCCUCGCGCUGCUGCUCGACGCGCAGAAGGACACCGCCGACACGCUGCACAACCAGGAUUCGAGCAUGAUCGAGAUGCUUAAGCGACGAUUAGAGGGUGCGAUGAAAUCUGAGCUGGAGGUACAGGAGCGAGAGCAGGAACUGCUGCAACGUCUGCAUCGAUUAGAGCGCACUCAGCCGCAAGCGGAGUCCUCGGACCAGUUGAAACAGGACGAGGAGACGCUGUCGCGGCUGCGCGGCGAGGUGUCCCUGCUGCGCAGCCAGCUGUCGCUGGAGCGGCGCCGCAACGACGAGCUGCAGAGCGCCGCCGCCGCCGCGCGCGCGCAGGCGCAGCGCGACCGCGACGCACGCGCGCGCGCCGCCGCCGACGCGCACGCGCGCCUCGCCGACCUGCGCAGAUUAAAACACGAAACCGGCGUUGAGUUGGUGCGGACGAAGGAGGUGCUCCACUCGCAGAGCGCGACCAUCGCGCAGUUAGAGAAAAAACUGGCUUCGGUGAACAAACACCGCAGUACCAAUACGUUUACGGAAAUCGAAAACGAAAAGAGUGAAUUAGCGCGCGAGAUGGCAACGCUCCGUCGCUGUCUCACCGCGGAGAGCCCCGAGCUGCUGCAGCUGCGAGCGGAGAAGCAACGCCUGCAGGAGCAACUGGAGCAGCUCCGGGGCGAGCUGGAUGCCAGGAACAACCUCACCGGCGACGAGAAGGAACAGGCCAUCCGCUACCUGCACGGUCGGUGGAUUCGCCUGGAGAGCUGUCGCAAGGCGCUGGUGUGGCAGAAGCGUUACCUGCAGCGCGUGGUGGCGGGCUACGCCGAGAUGGAGCGCCGCCUGCGCCUGCCGGCCGCGCCCUCGCCGCACAGCCGCGGCCUGCGCCGGUUCAAGUGCGCGGUGUGGGCGCUGGUGGCGGCGCGGCGCAUGGCGUUCCUGGUGCGGCGCCGCGAGCACGCGCGCGCGCUGGCGGCCGGCGCGCUGCUGCGGGCGCCGCCCGACGCGCACAGGGGCACGCCGAGCCCGUGGACCCCGAGCCGCGAGUCCGCGGGCGGCAGUGCGGCGCGCCGCUCGCUGCUGCGCACGCGACCGCUGAAGACGUCGUGCUCGCCCGCAGUGCCCGAAUCGUUACAACGUUUGCAGUUCGGUGUUAACUUGCUGCAUGACGAGCAUCUCAUGUUGAGUUCCCCGCGUGGAGACCCCUCCUAUCAGCACAAGCUGGGCGCCGUCAGCCGCCGCCUCUCUUGCGCAGCGCGGGACACGACGCGGGACACGACGCGGGACACGCCCUGACCCCGCCCGCCGUCCCGCGCGCACGCCCCGCGGGACCCUCUCUGACUCGCCGAGUCGCGCGGACUUACACACUAAGCGAGAUGUGCAUGUGGUUGUAACGCGUGACGGUCUCCGCACUCUGCACUCCGCACUCUGGGUGCUUUGUAGGAUUCGUUCCACGAUCGGGACAAGCCGAGUAGAAGUAGGGAUACGUAACGCUGUGUUGCUUAUGAACAAGUGGUGCUGAAUUAAUGCACUUUCCGGAGUGCACUUUGCAAGCUUCUCUCAGCUCGUAAAUAUUUAAUUUAAAUUUAAUAUUGGAGUCGAGUCUUAAUAUAAAAGUAAUGCACAAAUAGCACUUAAAAACGUAUUUCGUCCGUGUAGUUUGUGAAGACUUCCAAACAACGCCUUUUUAAAAACAACUAAAUCACAACGGAGAUAUACAAAUUAUAUUUACUAGAUUAUAACUUAUGGUACACGUGACGCCUUCAGGUGCUCGUGGUGCUCGUGUGCGGGCAUUUAACUUCCCAACGCAUUUCCUCCCGUUGAACUAGGAUAGAAUAGUGCCAAAUUGAGAAUUAAUUAGUUUUAUGUAUUGUGUUACUUAAUUUAUUUAUUACUUUUAGACUCGGUAGGAUUGUACGUGUCGGGGACGCAAACUGUUGUUACCACUCCGCCUAUUGUCUGUUUUGUUUGUAGAGUGGGAUAUGAAAGUAUUGUCUAGAACCUCACGUCCAAUAAUGCCUUAGUAAAUAUACUGUUUUAUAAUCUGUAAGUUAUCUCAAAUAAAAAAAAAACUAUAUUUUUUUUUAGAUCUUCACAAAGGCAUAUUGAUAUAAAGCUUAUUUCAUGUAUUUAUCUAAUGUUAAUUUUUUUAGAAAUAUAACAGUUUCCAAAUAUUUUAAGGCAAUAGUGUGAUUUUUAAUCUGUUGGCUUAAUUGAGUAAAUUAAUCGAAAAGUUUUAUUUUAAUAUUCCUUCACAUCUGACAAAUAUACAAUAUUCUUUCAAAACUCUGUACUUGUAAAUACUUCGAAUAGAGCACAAAACCUUGCCAUAUUGUCUUAUUAAGUUGGUAUGUUUGUUUGUAAAUGUUUAUAUAUAUAUAUAUUGUAGGCACGACAGUACAAGCUAGGCUAAGAUAGUUUAAGACGAGACGAGACGGCGACCGAACAUUCUCGAACGUUCCACGACAUUCGGGGCCAUUCGAUUGCAAACUUAGGUUAUAUUGUAGGAGAGAUAAAUUAUUUACGGUUUUUUUUUAAAUAUAUUUUAAGCAUUUUAUUUUAUGUUUUACAAAUGGCUCCGAUUUUUUUAUAUGUUUUAAGCAGGACUAUUUUAGAAUUAUAUUUUGUAAAACGGUUGUUAUUAUUAACGAUUUUACAAUUAAUAUCAUGUGCAUAAUAUAUUUAAAGUUUAAUCAGGGUUCCUCGAGAAAUAAUAUCGUCGAUAUAAAAAAUAAAAUGCUCAUUAAUUCGUUAAUAGUAACAAACGUUGUAUUUUGCAACGUUAGACAAUACUUUGAAAGCCAAAGGUAACGAAAGUAUUAUUAACGCUGUGUUGCGAUUAAUUCCAUUUUAUUCGACAAUUCAUUUGUGUUGACUUUAGAAUUGAUUUGACAUAUUAGUUAACUCUUCCACCGCCCUACAUCAUCUACACUCAAUGCGACCAAAGAUUCGUAUAAGCUAGAUUUAAUUUAGUUCCAAAUUAUUUCUAAGUUAAUUUUAACUUAAUGCACAUCGUUAAACGUUCGAUAAUUUAGUCAAAGGGGUUUAAGUAACAAAUUUAUCAAUGGAAUGUUUAUAGUAGAACAAUAAUUACUUGUAAAUGACUGAUUUUUUUAAUCGCCUGUUUACUCUUAUCAGAAGAUCUUCAAGAAACUUCGGCCCUUAACGACUAAAAUAUCGGCCGAUUAAAAAUCGACGUGCGCUUUAUAUAAGUGAAACACACCGACCCAUCGAUCUACUGUAUUCACGAUAAAAUUUCAUCACAUUGUUUCUAGUCACGAACAUUGUAAACACUGGUGCCAUAUUGCUCUCUAUACGAAAUGAAAACAGACAAAAAGUUCUAAAGUUGAGAUGAUAAAUAAAAUAAUGAUUAUUUUCUA